AUGGAUAAGCCCAAAAGCUUGAUCAAGAAGAGUCUACAAAAAGAGAAGCAGAUUGUUGUGCAUCCACUGCCACUGAGAAAACCUUCUGUCACACCUUCAAAUGCUUCUGGUUUGUACACUCUACCUUUACUUCAACCUUCCUUCAAAUUCUUGGCAAUUAAUCAACCAAAUUCAACCAACUCAUCACGUGGAGCUUUGUCAAUGAAGGAAGAAACUAAGAGCCUUGAACCAUCAUCAAGUGAGGUCAGAAACAUGACCUACAACUACAAGCUACAAGAAAUUCCAAAAAUUGAUAAGUUUAUGGAAGAGGGAUUCAAAUGCAGUGCACUUUGCAUGCCUCUUCCAGGGUUUGGGAAAAUAAAGACAGUUAAAGCAAGAAAAAAGGAAACCCAAAUGCAUGCAGUGAAUCCUGUGCUAUCAUUAUCAAAGCCAAGCUCUUUGGAAAAGUUUGAACGUAGUUGCCUGGUUUCACAAGUCAGAGUUCAUGAAAACGAAGGAGAUAACUCCAUAAGUUCCUACUUUGAUCUUCCAUCCGAAUUGUUUAAAUUCAGCAGCCAUAAUGCAUAA